CUGCUGUACACGUCACCGGAAACAGUAUGACGUUUUUCGUGUGCGACUCGGGCGGGCAAUUUGAGCGGCCUUUUCCUGUUGACUGUGGGCGAUACUGUUGUUGCUGUGGACAGAAUAUCAACAGAAGCGACGCGUUUACACUUGAUAUAUAUUUUGGGAUCCCGUUUGAGGUCGGCAUGAAGGGACGAACACCUCCCAGCCUAAACGGCUCUUUGCAGCGAAGACGCUCCCCACGGUUGACGUCUCCUUUGGUAAAUGCUAACAGCAAUAUGGCGCCGGCUAACAGCAUUGCUGUUAAGCGUUCCAUUGUUGUUAAGAAGAUAGUGCCGAGGAAAACAGCUGCUCCGUCUGAGCACGACAAAGAAAACACACCAAGACGGCCAAACGUUUCCACCCCGGGUCUUGUCCCGGAGUGCGGGCGGUCCUCCGGUGCUAAGAAGCUGCCCGCCAUGCCAUCACCAAUCCUCCCUCCGUCAUCACCGAAGAAGCCGACUGCGGAUCCGCAAGAUUCGGUGUGGUGCCAGAAAGUCCGCCGCUCCUACUCCAGGCUCAGCGACAAAUCCUUCAACAGCCCCGAAGCCCGAGAGACUCUAUUCGGCUUUGAAAAGCUGCAGACCCCGGAAGUUGGACGGAGUGUCGGCCGAACUAGGACGGGCAUUGAGGUGUCCAGCUGCUCCCUCACGUCUAUGCUGGACGCCGAGUACUGUGGCUCUGCGUUCUCCGAGCCGGACGCCAACAUCCCCGGUGUGGCUGUGGUGAAGGAGAAGAGGACCCGGAGGAAGAUCCAACAAAUAGGUGUCACGGAGCUGGACGAGCUCGCUGCCAAGAUGAACGCAGAGUUUGAGGAGGCUGAGGGGUUUGAGCUGGUGGUGGAGUAAAUAACGUGGAGACUGAGGAACAUUGAACUGAUGGACUCUAUCAUACCUUCACAUUGUAUUGGAAAUGUCUCACAAAGCUGAUGUUUCUAUCCAGUUAAAUGUUUAUUAUUCCGGAGCGUUUUCCUGUUAUUUCAUUUUUUUCAAGUGUGGAUAUUUUGCUGAAAUCACUUUCAAUUGUAGCUGUCAUGUAAAAUCUAGUGCAUACAAACUCACUUUUUGCAUGUAACAAGAUAAAUAAAUUGGA